UUCUCUUCCUCUGCGUAGAAAGAGCCAUCACGAUGCGUGCUUCUUUGCCCUCACUGCUGCUGGCUGCUGUAGCCACCGUAACAGCACACAUCCACGACAACCACGCGAGGGCUCAUGAAGAACAUGCCAGAGCGGCGGCGGUUGAUACUUCAACACUAAAGGGGAAAUGGCUGUACGGCUACCAGGGCUGGUUCCGCAAGCCAGCGGCGGGCGUCAACAACCACUGGUCUCCAAACGGCGGAACUCCCGGUCCUGGAAAUGUCGAAUUCGAGUUUGUGCCCGAUGUCAGCCAGUAUCCGGCAAACUGCCUCUUCGCUUCCACCCUGACGGCACCCAAUGGGCAGCCGGUGCAGCUGUAUGACAAUACCUGCGAGGGAGUUGUCGAUUUGCAUUUCAAGUGGAUGCAGCAGUAUGGACUUGACGGAGUCAUUGUGCAGCGAUUCUUGAGUCACUUGGACGAUGCCUCCUUCAUCACGAUCCUCAAUCAAGUCGAAGCCGCCGCCGUCAAGUACGGCCGAGGCUUCAUGGUGGAAUACGACGCCUCGGGCGGCAACUCGGCCACCGGCAGCGUCGCCGCCCAGAUCCUGGCCGACUACAACACCAAGGUGAAGCCCUACACCUCCUCGCCCGCCUACCUCCAUCACAACGGCAAGCCCGCCGUCAUGGUCUUUGGCGUCGGCUUCCCGACGGUCCACAUCAACGUCACGGACGGCGCCAACAUUGCCACGCAGCUCAAGGGCGCUGGGGCGUACGUUGGAUACGGCGUGCCGUCAACCUUUGGGGCGGAAGUCAGGGCCAAUACGGGGUUUGCGUCGGCGUACAAGGCGGCCAAUCUGAUUAGUCCGUGGACGGUGGGCAGUUAUAGCGAGGGAGGGUAUAAGAACGGUUACCACACGACGACGCAGAUACCCGACUCUCAAACCCUCCAGUCCCUCGGCAUCGACCAUGCUCCCCUAAUCUGGCCCGGCACCUCUGCCUACCACCUCAACGGCGUCACAACGCCGGCCAACUUUGACUACUUCCCGCGAUACAAUGGCUCUUUUUACUCGAUGCAGGCCGACGCCAUCACGUCCCUGCCAGUCAAGCCGUUGUUUGCCUUCAACGCCAUGUUUGACGAGAUCAACGAAGGAACCCAAAGUCUGCCUUGCCUAAAGACGAAUCAACUCCCCACCAACGAAAAGUUCGUCGGCUACGACAACACCUUCGCUGACACUUCAUUCUACCUGGAACUCGGGGGCCAAAAAGCCGCUGCCUUUGCCGCGGCAGUGAAAUAAGCACUAAACCAAGCAUGUAUGUACAUACAUGCGAAGGGGCACCCCAG